AUGGGUUCAAUUGCCACCAAAGAUUUCCUUUUCGAGUCCCUCCGUCUGGGAGCUCUCCCGUUCAAGCACCGUGUCAUUAUGGCACCAUGCACGCGUAUGAGAGCUUCGAAGGAGUCAGAGGGUGUAUACGUGCCCAAUGAUCUCAAUGUCGAGUAUUAUUCGCAACGCGCCUCUGAUGGAGGUUUCAUGUUGACGGAGGCUACUCCCAUUAGCAGACACGCGGCUGGAUAUCCAGGAGUCCCGGGGAUCUUCACGCCCUCGCAGAUUGCCGGCUGGAAGAAGGUUACCAAUGCAGUUCAUGCUAAAGGCGCCUUCAUUUACUGUCAGCUGUGGCAUGUCGGCCGUGCAACUGUCUCUUCUUUCAUCGAAGGAAGAGAUGUUCUUGGUGCUAGUGAAAUUCCCAUUACUGGAAAUGCACUUGAUGGUACCGAGUAUGCAGCCUCGCCACCACGCCCUAUGACCAUUGAGGAAAUCCAAGAAACAGUCAAGGAAUAUGUCGAUGCAGCCAAGCGAGCCCAUGAAGCUGGAUUUGACGGAGUCGAGAUUCAUGGCGCAAACGGCUACCUCCUCGACCAGUUCCUCCACGACAACGUCAACACCCGCAACGACGAAUACGGCGGCAGCAUCGAGAAGCGAGCUCGUUUCAUACUGGAAGUCAUUGAAGCAGUCACUGCCGCUUUUGGAGCCGGCCGGGUUGGAAUCCGUCUGUCGCCAUACAACUAUUUCCAGGAUACACGCGACUCCAACCCCAGCGUGAAUUGGGCAAAACUGUGCUCAAUGAUCGCCAACCUGGCAGAAGAAUCCCGACCGGCAUACGUACACAUGAUCGAGCCUCGUUUCGACGAAGUCCUCGAUGAAAAGGCCAAGAUCGACUCCCUGGCCACAGAGAAGCCUUCGCUAGAGGUAUUCCGGCCGACACUGAAGAAAGGAGGAAUCCAAUUCCUAGCAGCUGGAAACUUCAACCCCGACAAUGCGGGUCCAAAGCUUGCGACUGAUGGCGCCGAUGCGGUUGUCUUUGGCCGUUAUUUCAUUUCGAACCCUGAUCUGCCGCGUCGCUUGAAGGAGGGCUUGCCUUUGACUCCUUAUGACCGGACGACCUUCUAUGGUGCUGAUCCUGCUGAGAAGGGCUAUACUGACUAUCCAUUCUAUAGUGCAUAG